AUGUACUUAUUUACGUAUAAAUUGUAUGAAAGAAAGAAUACGAAAUUCAGUGGCUAUUUUGGCCGGUGGAGAUUUAUUAUGGAUGCGCAUCGCCGUCCAGUUGGCAUAUUAGCUCGUAUUAUACGUUUUUUGGUUGGUGACGAAAUUUGGACACCUUCUCAUUUUGUUGUUUUUUCAUUCACAUUUAUAAGUUAUGCAUUAGUGCAUGCUUCACGUAAAACGCUGAGUACGGUAAAACCGUCUCUUAUCAUCGAAUGGACUGAUAACAGCACCAGUGAGCAACCAUUAUUUCCUGAUAAACAUACAGCAGAAGGAUUCUUAGCAUUCCUUGAUUGUGCAUUCCUUGGCGCAUAUGCUUUGGGCCUUUAUGUAGGUGGCACAUUAGGAGACCGUUAUAAUCCGACAAAAGUACUUGCUGUUGGUAUGUGGACAUCAUCCACUGCCGUGUUUUUGUUCGGGAUGCUAAAAUGGUUAACGUUUCGUUCGCCUAUAUUUUACGCCGCAACAUGGAUUGCAUGUGGUUUAUUUCAGUCUGUUGCUUGGCCUACUGAAAUCUCGAUUAUGGGUAAUUGGUUCGGGCAUAAUAGUCGUGGCGCUGUAAUGGGGCUUUGGUCAGCAUGCGCUUCAGUUGGAAAUAUAAUGGGCACGUUGGUUUCAUCUCAAACCUUGCAGUUUGGAUACGAAUAUUCGUUUGCUGCAAAUGCUUGUUCGCUUUUUUUCGGUGGAUUUUUCAUCUUUUAUCUCUUGCCGUCGCGAAAUGGACACGAGCGCAACGCAGUAAUUUCUGUUGCGGAUGAUUUGGAACGACCGAAGGCGAUCAGUUUUUGGCAAGCUUGGUGUCUUCCAGGUGUCAUUGCAUACUCUUUGGCAUAUGCAUGCCUCAAACUGGUUAAUUAUUCAUUUUUCUUCUGGUUACCGUUCUAUCUCUAUGCUCAUUACGGCUGGGAAGAAUCUGUUGCUGAUGAGUUAUCAUCAUGGUAUGAUGUAGGUAGUAUCGUUGCUGCAGUUGUUGCUGGCAUUGCUUCUGAUCAUUUCUCGUCGCGUACCCCAGUUUUGGUAUGCUUGCUAAUUUUUUCAAUGGGCUCCUUGUUUGCUUAUGCUAAUUCACCAAGCAAUUUUUUGAUUAAUUCAUUCCUAAUGGCAUUAACCGGGUUUUUUGUCGGUGGACCAUCUAAUCUAAUAUCGUCUGCUGUUUCUGCCGAUAUUGGGAAGGCUGAACAAAUCAGAGGAUCAUUGGAAGCACUGAGUACAGUUACAGGUAUCAUAGAUGGGACUGGUAGUGUUGGUGCAGGGAUUGGUCAGCUUCUUAUUCCAGAAAUUAAAGCUCUGUUUGGUUGGACAGCUGUCUUCUACGGCUUCAUUGCUAUGAUGUUUUGUGCAGUUCUGUGUUUGGCACCGCUGUUAUGGAAAGAAAUAUCCAACAGACGAAAUCCUCGUUAUGUUUCUCUACGUUCCGAGGGCAGUAAUGAUUCACUGGGAUCGUAUUUCGAUAGUACGACGAAUUCAGCUAUGAGUACUUCACAGCUACCGGUAAGAGUCAGGCAUCGAAAUUCACCAGAUUAG